AUGGCGGUAAAUCAGCAAAUGAUAUUUCGCAGGGGCCACAAGGUGGAAGUAGCGAGCCUGAAACACGGGUUCCGGGGAUCUUACUUCGAAGCAACGGUGGUGAUGGAGCUGACGGCGGUGAGGGAGUACAUUGUCCAGUACGAGACUCUCGUCAAGAACGACUUGUCGGGGCCGCUUCGCGAGGUGGUCUCCGCCGCCGAAGUCCGCCCCGUGCCGCUGGAUGUCAGAAUGAUAAGAGAUUAUGGUGGUGGGGAGUUCAGACGGGGCGAUAAGGUGGAUGCGUAUGACAACGACGGGUGGUGGGCCGGGGAGAUCAUUGGAAAAGUUGGGACACGUACACGGUGUACUUUGAUUACAGUAAGGAAGAGAUUGCGUAUACCGUGA